AUGGUCGAAGGCAGCCAGGGCAAUGAGACCGCAAAGGACAGGGUAAAGAUGGAGACAGUGGAGACGGAAAUGGAUCAGAAGGAUCAGCAUGAUUCUGAGGAUGAAAAGGUCAUCCAAGAUGAUCCUCCUCUUCAAGGUGACAAAGAAAUCGGAGUGGUUGAGACAUAUUUUCCUGGAAAUUUUUCCAGAGCAGCCAGUCAAUCAAGAACAUCGCUCACAGAGCGGUCAGACCGUUUUUCCAUGCUCUCGGUACAACCAGAGGGGCCGUCGGCUUCGCAUACCAUGAGGGAUGUCCUGCCACCGCUGUUGGUCAUUUUCGUGUGCAUCAUUGCUGCCUUUCUGGGUUUUGUGGUGGCUGGACUCCAUGAUAUGAUCAAGUACGUUGGUUGCCCUCUUGGGGUCAAUGGUUGCAAUAGCUUCUCAGGUGAAGCUUAUGAGAAGAAGGGCUACAUCCUACCCAGAGCACUCACCGAUCUUCCAGAGGAUCUCAUCUACAUCGUAGCGGGCAUGUUUUGCCUUUUCAUCAUCGGCCUGAUCGUUGACUUAGCGCCUGACAAUUAUGGAAAGCAAGUUCUGGGAGGUGGAACAGUGCAAUCAUUGCUGGCAGUUGCUGCGGGAAUUCCGAUACCCUUCAAAUGCGCAGUCCUACGUGUGGUUAUCACUGCAAUCUAUUUCGUUGGAGGAGGUACCAUGGGUGGAGAUGGCCCAACCAUCCAAGUUUGCACCUCUUUGUCGUGCAUGAUUGGUUGGGUUUGUGGGAUACGUGCAGCGCGAACACAGUCUCUCCUGGCGUCCUUGGGAUUUUGCUGCGGCUUUGCAGCCAGCUUCAAUGCUCCAUUGUCAGGCAUUCUGUUUGCCAUGGAAGAGUUGCAGCACGUCUCUUCACGUUUGACGACGCGGGUCCUGUGCAUGAUCCUCAUCGGCUCCAUUGUGUCGACAUCUGUGAUGCGAUCAUUCUUGGGGAACAAGGUUCUCUUUCUCGCUUCGCAUCCUGACAAUCUUGAAGAGAUGGUCAUUGGAGGAUCCGUUGAUUCAAUCUACGGUCAGCGCAUGUGGAUGCUAAUCUCUCUAUUGAUUGGCGUUAUGGCAUCUAUAGUGGGCUAUCUCUUUAGCAUUGCAUUCAAGUGGACUCACAUAGUCCUUACAAAGGCGAGUCAACUGGGCCUUCCAAGAUCGGUAAUAUUUCCACUCGUCGCAGGCAUUGUGGCCUCCAUUGGAUCUGCUGUCUUCCGCAGUACUGGCUUGCGGGGUGUCUGGGGCAUUGGGGUCCGCUCACUGCAAACAGCCUUGAACCAAGAGUCAGAAGAUGUCCAUGCUGGUCAUCUGCUGAUUUUUGCUUUGGGCAAAAUGGCAGCUUUCACCCUCAGCGUCUCCGCUCGAUUCCCGGGAGAUACCUUAGAGCCCGUGCUGAUCUCGGGUGCCUUUCUGGGUGGAGCCAUUGGAAAAAUCAUCCCUGCAGAUCUCUCGGAGGACGCCAUCUCCUCCUGUGAAAUCUUUGGUAUGGUGGGCCUCUUUGCCUCAUGCUUCCGGUUUCCUCUAACUCCGGUGGUUUUUGCCAUUGAGCUCACUGGGACGCGCACGUACCACUUGGUCUUGCCUGCGGCCUUGUCGUGCUUCACGGGCUUACAAGUGUCCAACUACUUGUUUCCGCCCAUUCUAGAACAAAUCCUACACCAGGACGACAUUGACUUGGAUGCUGUUGCAGCACUGGCAGAGGCCACCGAAGAGGAAGAAAUGUAUGCACGAUCUGAGGAAGAAGUCUCCAUGUCACAUGAAAGUGAGCACAGUUUUCCACCUGUUCCAGAUUCACCUGCGCUUUCAAACGAUGGAUCCCAUCGAAAAGAGAAAGGCAGAUUUCAGACGCUCAUCGAAAAGCUGGAGGAUACCAUGAUCGAUGUAUCCUUCUCGUCUAGUCAGAUGAGAAAUCCUCACGGUCCUCGUGGCCGCCGUUCGUCAAUGUAUUCUGCGGGCUCCCAACACAGCAAGGCCAGCAAAGCCAGUCGGAGCUCUUAUCGCAAUCAUGAGGAUCGCUAUAGCCCACGAGCACGAAGAUCUUCCAGAAGAUCAUCGACGCGAUCCCGAACGUCUAUACUCCGAAGGUUCUCAGAUCCGGUUGGGAAUGAGGCAGAACCGCCCUUGACGCGAGUGGCUCCAGAGGAGGCUGAGGAGGAGGACGCGGAUCCACGAGGCGAAAGCUAUAGUGUCUUCCAGGCUGGAAUGAGCUUGGACGAUCAACGACGAAUCGAGGAGUUUCAACUCUACGACCAGAAUACAGGAGAAAUGCGCGAAAUCACACAUGAAGAGCAGGUAGCAAGACGGAAGAAACUCCUUUCCGACUGGGCACAAAUUGUGGCAGCCGAGAAGGAGCAAAUGGCGAAGAACCCUCGAAAGGCCUUUGCAGUACGGACGGCCAACUUGGAGGACGCAUUCUAUCUCAUUGCAGUCGCUUAUGACUUGGACGGCAAUGGCUUGCUAGAUGAGGACGAAGUUCUCUUGAUUUUAGACCGAUGCCAGCUGUUGGACGAGACCCUGACGCCCACAAAAAUUAGAAGCUUUUUCCGAACAUGGUUGGCAGGCUGCAAUACCAUCAUUGGGGAAAAUAUGGGCGCGGAGGAGAUUGAAGAUGGAAUUGGCUAUGAAGAGUUCUUGUCGCUGAUUUCUUGGAUUGCAGACAUGAAGGGUAUUCCUCUAGCACGCUGCAGAGCACGUGUGCAGCGCCUGUCUCACAAGAUGGUGGAUACUCAAAGCUCUGUGAGGAGAAGGCUGGCGCUGCUCUUUGAUGGGUUCUGCAAGAGAGAAGCCGAGUGGAUGGGUGCGUAUGAGUUCACAAGCCUAUGUCACACCACCAACCUCUACGUCCCUGAAGUCUUCUCUGCGGGAGAUGCCUUCAAGAUCUUCUACGAGACUCCUGGCCUGGUCAAUCAGAGAAUGGACUUUGGUGGCUUCAUGCAUGCUAUUUGCGAAGUUGGACUUUUGUUUGGAAAGAAUCAGAAGGAGGCAGGUGAAAUGUUCGCGGCCGCUGUUGGACGAAUGGACACAGAUCAGGAGACGAUCCGACGAGUGAAGCUUCGGAUUAAACAGGCGGCGUCCAAUCAUGGCGAAAAUGGAUGGCGAGAAUUCUUCCACGAGUGUGACCUGGACCAGUCUGGCUACAUGGACAUUGAUGAGUUCUUUGACAUGUGUCGCCACAAGUUGAAAAUGGAAGAUCGAAAGAGCCACUUGCAGCUGCUUUUUGAGAGACUAGAUGAGGAUGAUUCUGGGGAGCUCUCGAUCGACGAAAUGAUCGCAUUCAUAGAAUCUUGA